CCCUCCCUCCGUGAUGCGCGAUAUUGCUCAAAAACAUGGCGGCGAACAUGGUCGGGAGAGUAUCACCAACUUGUUGUAGACUAUUUCUGGCCCCUUUAUCAAAAAAUAUCGCAAGAACACCUAGAUUUGUCGCCCGGCGAUUUUCUUCUUGUCUUGGAGCACAUCUCAGACCGGUAUGUGUUCCUCAACAACUGUACUUCAGACGAUAUGGUGCAACUUUUACGGGUCAUGGAGAACAUGGCUCACCUGUAGCCGAUGAAGAAUUACAGAAGUGGUUAGAUGAGGCGAAAAACAAAAGUUGGCUAUGGAGAUAUUUUCACGACGUCGACGAAAUCGAGAAAAGCCUUAUGUCUGAACAAGAAUACAAUGAUCGGGAAAAAAUGGUUGAAAAGUUGAUGGAUAGAUACUUUGACAAGCCAGAUGCCAAGUUUGACUUAGAUAUUUUUGAAGAGUCAAUUGAUCUGCUUAUCAAGUACAACGACAGAGAUGGUGUCACAACAUUUUGGAGAUUAAUGGAAGAAAUGAAUGUCGAACCUCCAGACGAGCUCAGAGAGAAGGUUGAAACUUUCCUAGUGAAAGCAAGAGAGGCCUCGUGGUACGAGUAGACAGCAGAAAAUGGAGAUUUUCAAACCUUUCAGUAAAUACCCAAGUCUGUUAAGAUGAAAAUUUUGCAACCAAAUGGUUAACCAUGUUGGUUUGGUUUAAAGGAGGUUUGAUUGCGAGCUUGCUGGUAGUCUUGUCGACACGGUCAAAUCACCUGGUACAGUCUCAAAUUUUGAUUGUGUGAAUUUGUCUUCUUACUUUUUACUGUGGAAGAUCUUUCAAUCUAGGUGAAGUCAUCAAACUUUAAAAUUGUGAAUUCACUGAAAAUUCUGCUAAUUUGACAUCUAUCUUUUUGACUGGUUGUAAUUACCAGUAAUUUUUUUUGACUAAACUGUUUUGUAAAUACACAGUUUGCUAUGAACUUUAUGGAAAGGAGGAAAAAAAAACAUUUGGAGUAGAGCUUUAGAUCUCUAACAGUAUUCCAAUCUGUACCAGAUGAUUUGAGUCCAAUCUAAGUGUGUGAAAACCAGGCUGAGUUUAAAAUGAGGAUGUUAUUAUAUAAACUGUGCAUUGAAAAUAAACAGUUUUAUUUUAAGAGGU